GAAACACGAGCCCUCGCACCUAUAAUCCUUGGUCUAGUACCGAGACUAUUCUUCCUUCUCAAUGUUGUGUAUCUGAGGAGUGUUUAUGGUUAUCCAUCUUGUCAAGCUCGUCUAGAUCGUUUUUUUGCUGACAAACCUGGUACCCGCUAUGCUUAAACAUAGCUCAUUUGUCGUGCUGCUGACUGCGCUCUUGGGAGCUCUUCCUGCGAGUGCAGAGAGCCUGUAUACUAAGAAAUCUCCAGUUCUCCAGGUCGAUGCAACUAACUACGACCGUCUCAUUGCUAGAUCUAACCAUGUUUCUAUCGUAGAAUUCUAUGCGCCGUGGUGUGGCCAUUGCCAGAACCUCAAACCAGCGUACGAAAAGGCGGCGAAGAGCUUGGAGGGAUUGGCUAAAGUUGCCGCUGUUAAUUGCGACGAUGAGGCGAACAAAAGCUUCUGUGGCAUUAUGCGUAUACAGGGAUUCCCUACGCUUAGAAUGGUAAUUCCUUCCGACAAGCCAGGAAAACCAAAGCACGAAGACUACAAAGGCCCAAGAACCGCGAAAGGUAUAGUAGACGCUGUCGUCGAGAAAAUUCCAAACCGUGUAAAGCGCCUCACCGACAAGAACAUCGAUGACUGGUUGACGAACUCAAACGAGACCGCAAAGGCCAUUCUCUUCACCGAGAAAGGCACCACCAGUGCACUGUUAAGAGCAUUGGCCAUUGAUUUCCAUGGCAAAAUUCAAAUCGGUCAAAUAAGGAACAAGGAGACUUCGGCUGUGGACAUGUUUGGCGUCACAAAGUUUCCCACCUUUGUCCUCCUCCCUGGAUCGGACAAGCCGUCGGUUGUAUAUGAUGGAGAGUUGAAGAAGAAGCCCAUGCUGGAGUUCCUGAGCCAAGUUGCGGAGCCAAACCAAGAUCCACCACCACUGAAAAAAUCGAGCCCUCAAAAGCCCAAGAAGCCGACUACUACCGCCGGUGACACCGCUACAGAUAAGCCCACCGAGUCUGCCAACGAUAGUACAGACCCUCGCGAGCCCAAAAAAUUCACCGCUUCAGAGAGACGUUCUCAGGCCGAGGAGCCAAAGGUACCACAACUUCGUGUGUUAUCCACAACAACCGAUCUCAGAACGACAUGUUUGUCCUCCAAGACUGGAACUUGUAUUCUUGCUAUCGUACCCGUACCUAGCGACCCAAAUCUACCUCCAUCAAUGAGUGCUCUCCAAGCUCUAAACUCUCUUUCGGAUAUCGAGCGCAAGCAUGCUUUGCGUCACGCGCGCCUCUUCCCUUUUUACGUUGCCCCAGAUGACAUUGAAGAAGUUCCUAAGCUCCGAGACGAACUGGGCCUCAAGUCUGACAUCGUUGAAAUAAUUGCCAUCAACGGAAAGCGAGGAUGGUGGCGUCGAUACGAUUCUGCCGAUGGCUCAAAGUAUGGCGUUGUUGACUUGGAGAAAUGGGUUGAUCAAGUUCGGAUGGGAGAGGCCGAGAAGCACAAGAUUCCUGAGGGAGCUCUUCUAAGCGAGAGCAAGGAGGAACCGAAAGCGGAACCCGAGGUCAUCCCUGAACAAGAACCUGAAAAGGAACCUGAGCAAGAACCUGAGCAAGAACCUGAGGCACCUCCACAGGAUGAGCCAGAAGAGAAGACAGAAAAAGAACCCGAGCAUGAACCUGAAGCGACACCCUCAGCUACCCCCGAGACGGAACCACAGCAAGAGACUACCGAAUCCCCGAAGGAACCGAAGACCGCAGUACAUGAAGAGCUGUGA